UAUAAGCGAGCAAAACGACCUGAAAAAUGCUGAAAAUUGUUCUCUCGAUUGUCGUGGCGCUGGCAUGUGCAGCCACUGCCGAGCUCACCGACGAUUGCCUGGCAUGCAUGUGUUACGUGUCAAGCGCCGGGUGCGUGAUGCCAGACCCGCCCUGCCAUCAGGAGUCCUGGGGCGUCGUGUGCAGCCCCUGGGGCUUCACGGAGCCUUACUGGAAGGAUGGCGGCAGGCUGGGUGGUGACUUCCAGACGUGCGGUGCAGACUGGGACUGCAGCGAGGCUACGGUGCGCGGGUACCUCGCUCGCUACGUCAUCGACUCGUCGGCGACGUGCGAGACGUACGCCAGGGUGCACAUCGGGGGACCUCAGGGUGCGAGCGCCUCGUAUACGCUCGACUACUGGUACGAUGUUAGGGACUGCCUCGAUAACGGCAGCUUCACGCCCCCGCCUGCAUGAGUUCGUUGUGAAAUGAUCAGCGCUACCUAUACACGAACACUCAAUACGUGUAUUAUUAAUCCGAAGUAAAAUUAUCAGUGCUGCCUACACUCAAACUCAAUACGCGUAUUAUUCAUCCGAAUUAAAAUUAUCAGUGCUGCGUGGACUAACACUCAAUAGCGAAUCAUAUAGCCGAAGGACAGCAACGUUUGGCACAUCUGUACCUAAAUUCUUCGACUAAAUCUCCCUGUUAAAUUUGCAUCAGAAUUCAUCUCAUUUUCUUACUAUAAAUUGUGUUAAUCUAAAUUGUUCCGUAACAACAAGAAGUAAGUAAAGGAUAAUUACGAAAUCCCAAUAAACUUAACAAUAUU